CAGCGUUCACUACUCGAUGCAAUGUGCUCCUCAGUUAAACAAACUUGCCGCUCAUGACACCUCCGCACUUGCGGUUUCAGCUAGCUAGCCGACGUCCCAGUGACAAGUAACUAUUUUAAGGCGUUCUGGGCUUCGAGUUUCGUUCAAACGCGGCUUAAAAUUGUAGAGCUGAUAUUUUACUUGAUACCUAACAUUUGAUGCAAGACUUACAUUUUCUUCAUGGCGUCUCACCAGCAAUCAAGAAUUCAGUCAUACCUGGAGAAGAAUAAAAUCGGACCUCUUUUUGAGGAAAUGAUGACCAAACUGAUAACUGAGACCCCAGAUCAUCCUGUUCCUUUUCUCAUCAAUCACCUGCAGACUAAAGAAGGGAGCCCCAGCAAGCUUCAGAGAACCCUGUCGGGCUCUGCAGCUCUGUGGGCCGAGACGGGGACAGCAGAGAACAAAGGAACGAGGCGUGAUUUCAGGGGCUAUGAGAAGCCGUGGCAGAUGCGCCCCAAAAAGCCCAAAAAAUCCAAAAGCGAUCUUGCAGUAUCCAACAUAUCCCCGCCAUCGCCCGAAUCAAAGUCAUUGCCGAGGUCGAUAGAACACCCGUCCUGGGACUGGAGGACCCGACCGGAGAGCCGGGACUUCGACGAGCUCAACCACAUUCUCCAGGAGAGCAAGAAGCUGGGCAAGGCCCUGGAGAACCUCACGCGUAGCAUUGCGGUCUCUGAUGAGCUUGACCAGGACCUAAGGGCCUACGGCUCGUCUCUGAUGCGGCCCCGAGUAAUCGGAGAGUGGGUGGGCCGCGCCGAGGAUGACGCCGAUCCGCUGGCGGCAGAGAUGCUCCAGCCGCCGGUACCCAGAGCCAAGACCGAGGUGUGGGAGAACGAAGACAACAGCCCAGCUGGAAGCCUGAAGAUGGAGCUGAAGAGCAAGGGCCUGAAGCAGCAACAACAGCACCACAAGAAGCUGCUGGCAGCCAUGCUGUCCCAAGACUCCUUCGACUCCACACCCAGCUCCGCCCCAUCAGUCACCGAGGAUGAGAUUGAUGACGAGGAUGAUGCCAUGGAGCUACUGGAAGACCUGGACGACUUGCGGAUGGAGGGGGUCACCAGCCUGGCACCGUCCGGCAGCAAGUUCAGCCAGGGCCGCAGCUUGUACUGUCCAGAGCCUCAGGCCAAGGUCACCCUCAACAUCUGUUCAAGGUGUGCAAGACUUCAAGGGGACAGUUUACCAGACACCAGAGAAGAGGAGGUGCCAUGUGUCCAGAUUCCCCAGCGGGCAGUGCCUGAAAUUUCCUGUCCAUUGCCUGGGGUUGAGGCCGUGAUGGAGGACGAGGAAUUCGAGAGCGCUUCUCAAGUGACGGGGCCCCGUCAACCAGUCUGGGAGUCGGAUCUGAAGUCUGCCAGAAGCGGCAGUUCCCUCGGUCAGAAAGGACUUCUUCUGAAGGACCCGCUCUUCUCAAAGGAACUGCAGAGUAUGGGGAAACAUCUCGCCGAAGUGGAGCGAGACCUGGCCAAGCUGACUGAGGGGAAGUUAGCGAGGAGUCCCAACAGCCCCCACAGCAGCCUGCUCCUGACCCCUGUCCUACACAGCUCACUGCCACCGGCCGGCCCAACCUCCAGGCCCCAGUCACCUGGGAGCCUCUCAGCCAAGAGCACCAUGCUGCCCCUCCUUAGCAACAAGCCAACCUCCCUGGUGAUGAGUCGAGCCCAGACGCCCAGCAACCCGAGCAGCCGGACCCCGACCCCCAACGCCCCGAGCAGCAGGCCCAGGACGCCCAGCCGACCUCUGACCCCCAACAGUUUGAUGCCACGACCCGUCACGCCCGGCAGCCACGGCAACAAGGAGGAGGGCUUCGGGAGCCCGAGGAGCAGGCCGGUCACACCUACGAGUCAGACUGGGAGGCCUCUGCUCACUCCGCCAGGCCUCAGCACCACAGAGAACUUGGGAAAAGCACUCACUCAAAGGACCAAUCUGUCAGAGGAUGAAUUCUACCAGCAGCUACAGGCCGUGCGACAGCCCUGGCUCAUCCCCAGUGACACAGAGAGCGACUGUGUAGAGCAGCCCGAGCAAGACAAGUGUAGUCAGAGCGGAGUACGGGAUACAACUAAAAGAUCAGUGUUUUCAGGUCUAUAAUGAUGAGGACCAAAGCAGCAAUCUGAUCCAAUGAUUAUGCAAACUACUGGGCA